UUUUAUUCCAUAAUGAAUAAAAUCUCAUUCUUUCAUGAUGCAUUUUACAAUUUUUAUAAAGUAAAUAAGAUUAUUAAUCAUGCUCAAAUUUCGCCUGUCCGUUGUAAUCAAUUCUAUUGUUUUAUAUCAUCAUCAUUGAAAAAUUAUGCAAUAGAUGUAAAAACAAAGAUAACAGAAUAUGGAAAAGAAAAAUCUAUAAACGAUCCGCCUGAUAGCUAUUCCGAGGAAUACGAUCAAUAUGGUUUCAGAAUCAUUAAAAGUAAAAAAACUAUAGUUAGAUUGUUGCCGUUGGAAGAAAGCAUGAGGUAUUUAUUGAGUGAAGCAUAUAAAACUACUUAUGGAUUGGAUCCUGUAUGGAAAAAUUAUAGAAGAAAUCACAAAUAUCAAAGACCUCCUAUAACACCUAGAAAAAAAUGCAUUAGAGAUUCCGUCAUUAUUUCAGCCAGCCCUUGUCCAAUUUGUAGAGAUCAAUAUUUAGUUCUUGAUUAUAAGAAUGUUCAUUUAUUGUCACAAUUUAUUUGUCCAUAUAGUAAUGAAAUUUUAUCAACCAAGAUUACUGGCCUUUGUCAAGAAAAGGAUUUUAAAUUAAGAGUUGAAAUUGCCAAGGCUUUUGAUUAUGGAUUUAUUGAGUUAAAGCUACCAUAUAUUAAAUAUAAUUAUCAAGAUUAUUUUCCAAAGCACUUUGGCAAAAAUUAUGAAAAAUCUUCAGCAAUAUAAAAUAUUUUUUUAUAAAUAAAAGUUGUUUAGAAAUUUACCAAUGUUAUAAAUAUCCCAUUAAAACCCUGUAAAUUCAGUUUUUUUAGCCUGGGCUAUCCCAUAAUUUUUAUAAAGUGGGAGUCACUUAAUUCCCUAUCAUAGAGAAAUUAUCAUUUUUAUUUGAUGAAAAAAGAGAAAACAUUUUCUAUAAAUUUAGAAAUAUUUUUCAAACUUCACCCAAUUUUUUAAAAACAAAUUAGACUCAUAUGUUUGACCCUACUUGCAAAAAACAUGUUAAAUAUUCAAAGCAAGAUAUAUAUAUAUAUGGAAAUAAAUAUGUUCCACAAUGAACGUGUUCUAAUCUAAACUUACAAAUAAUUUUAAUGAAUAAGUUUUAUCAUUUGUAAAUUCUUAGAGAGUAAUUAAUUUUUUCAAAUUAGGUGUUUAAAAUAGGAGUGUGUAACAACCUCCUUUUGAAGGUUGAUUUGUGACUUAUUACAAAUAGUUUGUUAUACAUAUUUUUUAAAUUUUUAUCAUAACCAUAAGUCAUUUAAAAAUUACCAUCAAUAUAUAUAAAAUCAUAAUUUUUUUUGUUUGUGGAAAUUAGAAUCCCAUCUAGUCUAUUCAUGAUCAAUAUAAAUUGUUAGAAUUUUUUUUAAAUUAUUUAUUAAGUUUUAAAAUC